UGGGACUGAGUUAGCAACACUGACGAACAACAAAACAACAUCAAAAUGAUGUUUGCUGUGGUUCUGCUUAGUGUCUUUGGAUUGUCUUUGAGUCUCUCCACUGGCACACAAGUGGGUCUGAGUGACAAAGUCCUGGUCUUCCCUUAUGAGACAGACUUCAGUUUCGUGGCCCUGAUCCCUCAGAAAGAGAUGGGGCUUAAAGCCUUCACACUCUGCAUGCGUGUGGCCACUGAGCUGCCAGAAGACCGGCAGAUCAUCCUGUUCGCCUACCGCACGGCUGACUAUGAUGAACUCAAUGUGUGGCGUGAGAAGGAUGGGCGUAUCUCAUUUUACUUGAGCGGUGACGGCGCCUUCUUUAACCUGCCGCCCCUCACCACCUUCCACACCAGUCUCUGUCUCACCUGGGAGUCUCGCACUGGCCUGGCUGCUUUUUGGGUGGAGGGGAAGCGCAGCACCUACCAGGUCUACAAACCUGGGCACACCAUCCGUCCAAAAGGCACAGUCCUCCUGGGGCAGGACCCGGACAAGCACCUGGGGGGUUUAGAGGCCACGCAGAGCUUUGUAGGGGAGGUGACCGAUCUGAAUAUGUGGGACUUUGUGCUGUCCAGGAGUAUGAUCCAGGCCUGGCACUAUGGGCACAAAGUUCCCAAGGGAAACAUCUUUGACUGGCCCACUAUAGAGUAUGAGCUGAACGGGAAUGUGAUGGUGGUGGAUGAUGACUGACUCGAAGAGGAGUUGGCUGCAGGGAGGGAUGAGGGUUUAGAGAUUUGUCUUGGACUGAUACUGAUAUGUGUGAUUGCCUUUAUUAGAUUCAGGGUUGUUUUAUGUUAAAACCCUUCAACUGUUCUCCCUAAAAGACCAACAGAAGAAAGCAGGAGUGUUUGGGACAUUCAUUAUCUGCUGUGUCUAUAAAGUAGGCUAUAACCAUUU